CUUCUGUGUUCCUCCAAUCAGGAGCUCUUCCUGUCAGGACCGGAUGUUCAUUCUGAAGACAGAUCUGAUUCUUUACCGAUAAUAUGUUUAAUGUAAAUAUUUGCGCCAUGACGACAGAUUCCGACGCGACAGAAAGAGGAAGUAAAUCUAAACUAAAGGUUUAAUGUCAUGGGUGCCGUGUUGACGCGGAGCUGUGGAGUCCCUCAGAUCGCCGCUUCACACUGACGGCAAACCGCGCGAUGAGCCCGCAGAAGAAGAGGAAGAAGAGGAAGGAUCUGAACGCCCUCAUCGGCCUGAGCGACAGCAGCCGGAGGAAGAGCAAGCAGAGCAGCGGACACCGCCUGCUGCGGACCGAGCCGCCCGAGUCCGAGGAGUCCGAGCCCGAGUCCGAGUCCGAGUCCGGCUCCGAGGAGCAGCAGUUCGGCGGCCGGAGCGGCCUGCUCGGGAAGACCUCGCUGCGGUGCUGCUCGCUCUGUUACCCGCUGUGUGUGUUCGUGGUUCUGGCGGCGUGUGUCAUGGCCUGCGCUGGACUCAUCUGGAUGCAGAUCGCCCUCAAAGAGGACCUGGACUCCAUGAAGGAGAAGAUCCACACUAUGGAGAGCAGUCAGAAGCUCUCAUCUCACGAGAUCCUGAAGCUCAGUGAGGACCUGAAGGCCAAACAGAUGAAACUGGACGAGCUGGAGAGCGGAGACAAAGGCCUGGCCAAACUCUGGUCCAAUCUGAGCGAGAUCAAUCAGAAGCUCAGUGCUCUGGAUUCUGCUGUCAAUCAUCUGAAGGCCAACAUCAAAUCUGCUUCUGAUCUGAUCACGCUGCCGCGGACGGUGGAGGAGCUGCAGAAGAGCGUGGCCAGCAUCGGCAGCACCGUCACCAGCGUCCAGCACGACGUCACCAUGAUUCAGUCUGUCGUGGAAGAGAGAAGGAAAGGAGAAGAUCAGCUGAAGGCCAAUGGAGAGAAGCCGGUGAACAUCAGCAGCAGCUGUGUGCCGCUGAAGCAGGACCUGCAGUAUCUUCAGGAUGAUGUGAAGGAGUUGAACAGCUCUCUGCUGCUCCAUCAGUCGUGGUCGAGCGAGCAGAUCCAGAGCGUGCGAUUCGUGCUGUCUAACCUGAGCAGAUGGGUGUCAGCGCUGGAGCAGAGCUCCUCAGGAGACCCGCCGCAGCUGCCGCCGGCCGUCCGUCCGCUCCAGACUCUUCAGACCGCUGCAGACGCCGCAGACGCUGGUUCCUCACGCUCCCGCCGCCCCAGGUUUCUGUCCCGCAGACGCUAUAAACGAGCACAGAUGUCCUCCCGCAGCACCGUGGCGUUUCCCGGGGUCGAGUCUGAGAGAGAUGUGGAGCAGCGGCUGCGGGGCCGUUCGUCUCUGGCCCCUGAGGAGCUGAAGGAGGUGUUGGGCUCGGAGCGAGACUCGCUGGAGGAGCUGCAGGCUGCUGAGGUCAGUCCUGAUGACGAGCGUCAGUGAGGAGGGACAGCGGUCAGAUUCACUGAUUCACCGACGCUGGCGGUUUACACACUGACUGACCUCAGAGUCGCUCCUCACGCACUGGACGUGUUUGUUCUGCUCAGCGGAGUUUGAUCAAGUAGCUUAAAACCCUUAACGAGACCCGUAACCCGCCGGAUUAUCAGAUAAUUACAAGAUUCAGACGCCUUCAUCUCACACACCUGUCAGGAACAGGCCAUAAAUCAGCACAAAAUCAAAGGACGUAUAUCUUACCAAAAGAAAAUUAAGAUGUUGUGAAUUUCUGACGUUGUUUUAAUGCAGUUUUAGCCUGAAUCUCAUUCCUGUAAUGACAAAAAUAAAUCAUGCUCGUUUUUCUUGUACUGCUGAUUUAAUCAAUCUGUUUUGCAGAAUAAUACAGUAAACUGGUAUAUUACUGUCAUGAGAUUCACCUGUAAAAAUAGUUAUAAACUCAUCAGAAGCAAAAAUCUGGAUGCAUUAAAUUCAUGAGAAAAUGCU